GAAGCUGCCGCUGCGCUUCCGGCAAGAGGAGCAAGAUGGAGGCGGUGAAAGCUUGAGCGCGGCUCUCCUCGACUGCUGCCCGCCAUGGCGGACGAUGCUGAGUUGGAGAGGAAGGCAGUGGAAGAGCUAUUGACAGAAGCUAAGCGUGGGAAAACCAGAGCAGAAACAAUGGGGCCCAUGGGCUGGAUGAAGUGCCCCCUUGCCAGUACAAAUAAAAGAUUUCUGAUGAAUACUCUUAAGAACACAUUGCACUCACCUAAAGAGCAAGACCAAGAACAGGAACUUCAAGAAGAAAAUAAGGAAUCUGAGCCAAGUCAGAGCAGGGAAGAAACCAAACCAAAGAGACACAGACUGCAUCCUUACAAACCUAGUUUUCGGUCUAGGAGACGAGUCAGCUACUCUCCUCCUAGGCACAGGCACAAGCACAGGAACCAGAACACAAAGGGCAAGGAUGAAAAGCAAUCCAGCAAAUAAUGAAAAAAAACAUUAUGUCGAAGAAUAUAAUUAAGGUAUUAACUCUGGGGAAAUGUUCAUUUAAUUUUGAUUUGAAAGUAUUGCUCAGUACAAAUAUCUGUUGUAACAGUUUAAAGUUGAGUCCUUAUGUACCUAAAAAAUGAUUCUGUGCUUCCUUUCUGUUACUAUACCACCCCAAAUUAAAUUUUGAUGAUUGUGAAGACUUUUGUGCUCAGAUAUUUUGGAAAUUAUCUCUUAGACCACGUGUGGGGCAGCUGUCUAUAUUUCUUCACUGCCUAGAGAAUGGAUUUCUGUUUGAUGUUGAUCAGAAUCAUAGAGAAGGAACCUCUCCCACUGACUCCAGUGCAGUAAGAAAUGAUCUUUUCCUGCUAUAUAGUACAAUAUGUAAAUACACUUUGUAACACUGUUCAGAAAAGUUCCUAAUACAAUUUUAAUUUAUGUUUUGUUCUUAGAUAUGGAUCUUUAUAAUUCUCUAGGCCAUCACUUUAUUCAACUUGAAUAUAUUUAACGUAGUUUUCAUUUAAAAAAAGAUUUACAUGGUAUCUAAACAUUAUAAAUUGUUUAGCUUGAGUUAAUUAAAUAAAAGAGCUUCCCUGUGGGGACAUGGAACUCUG